AUGUGGCAGGUGCUGACUGGAGAAGUUCUAAGGAAGAAGGGUUCAAGAAAUCUCGUGGCGUUAAACUCUUUGUUGGGCUGGACAAUUCAAGGACCGACCAAGGUUUCAUCUGCUGUAGAGUUUCGCCAGGGAACAGUCCUACCUUCACCGUACCUUCAACAGUCAGCAGUAGCGUGUGUCCUACGAGUUCACUCAUCGGUGGAGUACGCGAUAUCGGGAGAAGAUGAAACUUCAUGGGAGCCAACUCUUGGGUCGUUCUGGGAGAUUGACUCCAUGGGUAUUCUACCAGAAACCGGCAUUACCGACACCUCGGCGGUAAUGGAGAACUUUUCUAAAAUGGUAAAGAAGACAGAGGACAGAUAUGAAGUGGCUCUACCAUGGAAGAUUGAUCCUGCAGUUGUGUUGAAUGACAACUACGACGUCGCUGUCACCCGCCUUAAAAAGCUUGUAGCACGGCUUAGGAGAACGGAUGGUAUGUUACUUCGGUAUGACGGUGUCAUCAGAGAUUAUUUGAAUCUAGGUCAUGCUGAAGUCGUCGAUGAGAGCAUAGAACCAAAGAACUUGGUAUAUUAUAUGCCUCAUUCAGCCGUGAUACGAGAAGACCGAGCGACAACUAAAGUACGCGUCGUCUUCGACGCCUCUUCUCAUGCGCCAGACAGCAUAUCUCUAAAUCAGUGCCUGGAUAAGGGUAUCAAUUUGAAUCCCGAUAUUUUGCAGCUACUUCUACGAUUCAGGAGUUACAAGGUUGCCCUUACCGCUGAUAUAGAAAAGGCGUUUCUCCAGGUUUUGAUUCGGGAAGAGGACCGAGACGUUUUUCGAUAUCUUUGGUUUCAACAUCAACCUGACCAAAAGGCUUCUCAUAAUGAUCUGGAUGGGGUACAGGUUCUGCGUAUGACGAGAGUUCCGUUUGGAGCGACCUCGAGUCCCUUCCUGCUAUCAGCUACCAUCCAGCACUAUCUUGCUACCAUUACCGGCGACCAAGAAACAACAGCAAGAAAAUUGAGCCGUUCGUUUUACGUUGACGAUUUGGUUACUGGCGCAGACUCAGAGGAAGAGGCCGAAAAGCUCUACCGUGAAGCUCUAGAAAUCAUGAACACAGCGGGAAUGAACCUUCGAAAGUGGACAACCAGUAACGAUCGACUACAAGCUUUAUUUGAUGGACGUGAAAGUCCCGAACACGGAACCAAGGAAAAGCAGCAGUUGUUAAGCCCGCAGAAGAUACUGGGAGUGUCAUGGGACACAGAGCAGGAUAAACUGCAGGUGACGAUGAGAUCCCUAUUCACGUUUCUUUUGGAAACUGCGGAUACGAAGCGUUACGUGUUACAAGCCGCUUAG